UGCAGGAUCUAAGCGCACUUGUUUCCGCGGGUUGGCACAAUGGUGUUGGGGUGGAGUUCUGUAAAGAUGCAUGUAAAUCACAACCGAAUUGCUUUGGAUUCAAUUGGUGGAUGGAUGGAAGUGCCUGUCAGUUGGACGAUACUGCCGGUUCGUAUGCAAUGUGGCGCUCUGGUUACCACCUGUACGAGAUGAAAUGUUGCGGUAAGUCAACAAUCAACAUUUGUGAGAACACCUCAUGCUGUUCGUUCAAUUUCUGUCCCAUGUGUAUAGAAUUUCGGGCAUUUAAAUAA